AGGAAACGGCGAGGGAGAUGUUAUGUACGCCGAGGAAAUUCUUCAGCCGCAUCUGAAGGCGUUUCCGCCGAAGGUAUUUUAAUCAAAGAACUGCACUUAUCAUGCACUAUUGCCGUAAUUCCUGGGCAAUUGUUUGGAAACUCACAAUCUGAUUGGCUGUAAAGGAAUGUCGUACCAGUGUAACCAGGCCCUCCUAGUCCUCACGUCGUUCUUGAUGCCUUUGAACUAAAAAAAGAUGUACAUGUAUCACCAACAAAUCGCACAAAUGAUGGACAAGGUCCUGCAGUCAGUUUUGACGAGACAAAACCGUCAAUAUCACAGGAAUAAUGCAGCAAAGAGAGCAGUUUCCAAUGACACGAGCUAUAAAUUGUACUUACAGUUCAUUCGUGUUUUUUGAAACAUUUAAAAUGCGACUUCCCAGCCUUCCACUUGAAUAAGAUGCAAAUUUCUCCUCACAGUAUCACCCCUGGAUCAAACAUUAAGGUCAUAAUAAUAAGGGAAAAGACUAGAAGUAAUUCUUGAUUGUUAAAUAAAUUCUCCUUUUCAGCACCUCAGGAAUGUAAAGAGAACGGUUUGGAGAAGAUGCAUACUGAUACAAGGGUGUAAAGGAUAAAAUAUGCUCACCAUUCCAGUGUCGCAAAUUUGCUGUGUUAGCUGCGUCCUUUUUUUCUACAAGGACUUGGCAAAAUUGACCGUUGGUUAUUAGUAUAUAUAGUCUCUGGGAUAACUGUUUGUCUCAAAUUUUUCUUUGAAACUCUUUUAUUAUUUUAGGGAGCGAUAUUCUUGUACUACGCUGGUCGUAUAAAACAAGUUCAAGGAAAGUUGGAUGAGGUCAGUGAUGAUGCAAACGAAUCAGAUCGACUCAUUAAUACAGGGGUGCAUCAUUCUGAAUAAGAAACAUUAUGUUUAACUGUUGUGAUGUGAUACACUAUCACAGCUACCCAAGCUCCUGGAGAAUAGGGGCUUGUGAAAAUGAUUCAGUUGUCCCUCUGCCUAUCCCCCUCUAACCACACACAGGUGAUAUGUAAGGUCAUGAAUAGCGUUGCACGAUGUGGCCUGAAAGUACGUUACGUAACGUGACAUGACAUCGCGACAUCACGUGCUGUGCAGCGUGACUCGACAUGUCACGAAUAGCGUUACGUGAUGCGACAUGAUAGUACAUGACGUGACGUGAUAUGACAUCGGCGACAUGACAUUAUGUGAUUUUACUGUAAGCUGUUUGUCUUUUUUUAAAUUUUGGUUACAGGCCACCAAAAGCCACAACGACUCAAUUGCAGUUCAGUCUGAAUGGAAACAGUUCCAUCAUAUCUGUUACUGGGAGUUGAUGUGGUGUUAUUCGUAA